AUGUCGGAGAGGAAAAUCUUCGCAUGUGGAUUGUCCUCCCCAGUAUGGGAGCAUUUAGGCUUCUUUAUGAAAACAGAAAGUGGCAUUGAAGUUCUGGACAAAUCAAAACAUGAAAAAUGUUACAGAUAUACAGAGCAAAAAGAUGCUGUGGAAGCCACAUUGAAGAGCAAAGAUCUGAAGUUCAAAGACGUUGAAAGUAUUCCUACGACUGAGAAGGGAAAACUGAUUGAUGAGCUUGUGCAUCUUCUGGGUCCAUUCAAGACAGCUACAGAAGAACUCAUCACAUCCACACAUCCAACUAUCUCCCUCGUGUACAACGUAAAGAAGCUGCUUGUUCACCAACUUCACCCCACAGCCCAAGAUAGCCACGUCAUUGCUGAGAUGAAGAAUGCCAUGCGCGCAGACCUUGAACCAAGGUAUGCUGAUUCGGAACCCUUCUUGAUCGAGUGUACCAUGCUGGAUCCGAGACUCAAGACGACCACUUUCCCAUCAGAGAUCGAGAAGGAGGAGGCGUUGAAGGUCAUCAAAGAACAAAUGACCUCAAUUAUCAAUGAUGAUGCAAGGGUUCCUGACAUCUUGGUUGAACGAGAAGAUGAGAACAACAACAGCAGCAUGGCCUGCAAUGCAACUGACACCAUGGACACGUGUUAAAACCAGAGCAGCAGACACAGUUUGGGGUUAGGCAAUAUGUUGAACUCUUUUAUCACAAAGAAUGUCCCACCUUCAAAAAAUGAUAUAAUUGAUGCAGAAGUCAAAAGCUACAUGUCCGAACCCAUCCUGGAGUAUAAGGAGGACCCCCUAAAAUGGUGGAGAGAAAAGCAGAAGACAUAUCCCGUACUGGCACAGGUAGCAUCCAGGUAUCUUGUUAUGCAAGGAACAUCUGUACCAAGUGAGAGGAUCUUCUCAACAGCAGGGGACUUAGUCAGUGCCAACAGGGCCUGCCUAGACCCAGAAAAUGUGGACAUGUUAAUUUUUGUUAAAACCAACAUC